AUGAAUAGUAAAUCCGCUCGAAGUUCAUUUGAACAAUUAGCGAUUAGAAUAGAUGAUUUCAAUAAAGAGGUUACGUGCGUAAAUCAAUACGUAUAUACAGAAUUGAAAGAUCCCCCAAGUCUUUUGGAAUUUUUUUUGCAUCCAUUUUUUCUGUUCAACAUAUUCUCGUAUUUCUUAAUUGCCGAAUCCAUAUAUUUAUUGAAACAUGAGGAUAAGCAUGUGGCUCCAUUGCUCGCUCCAUAUCUAAGUGUCGAAGCAUUCGAACAUUUUUAUUGGUUUAUGACUUGUAUAUGUUUCUUUGAUACCACAGUGUUGAAGCUGAUUUUAUUUUUAUGUAAAGAAGUUUGUUUAUACCGGAUUGUGUUUGACGAAACACCACUAAGAUACGACAAAUGGUUUAAAUCUGGUCGAUCUUCCAGUGAAUUAUGGGCAUUAUCCAAAAACUAUGAAAGAAUCAUAGUUUUGAAAUUAUUUUACUUUAUAUCCGCAAGAACUUAUGCAUUACAUGUUGAAGGAAGUCAUUACGCAGCUAAUAAUAUAGUUUCGAUUAUAGUCGCAU